UUUUCCUUCUUAGCCAUUCGUUAUUUCUUACGUUUCUGUUCCCUUCUAACAAAUACACCCAGCCCUUUCCCUUAACACCUGCUUUGCUCCAAUGGCCUUGUCUGUCGCUAUCCUUCCCCCAUCUCACGAUAGCGACAUGCUCAUGUCCAAGUACCAGCAUCAUCAUCAAUCGUUACCUCCUACUCCGCCAUCACCACAGCCUAUAAGCAACCGAGACGCCCACAGCCAUCGACACUCAUGGUCCCGUAAACCACAGCUAUGUGAGAUAUCCGAAGAAACCGACGACGAAAACUCAUUGAUGCAGAUGCACGAAACCACACAAUUCAUCUUGCAGGAGAUCAAGCAGUUGGCCCAAGAUGCGAUUGAAGCAGACGCUCGAGCAGAGUCGUUUCAACGGCAAUAUAUGGAAACACGAGAUGAGCUGGAUGCUCUCAAGUUGGCACAUACGAGUAUACUGCAACGGUUGCAGCAGUAUCAAGAUCAGCAGCAGCAGCAGCAACAACAGCCAUAUAAUCGUUAUCGCUACUAUCCUGCUAAGCAGCAGCAGCAGCGCUAUGUAAAUCUAUAUAAGCAGCAACCAUCCUCAUUAUCCUCUACUUCUUCUUCUACCACUGCCUCUACUACGCUAAAAACCGCAUUCUCGAAAAAGAAGAAACUCUCUUCAUCACUUCCAAGCAAACUUAUCCGCUUUCUGGGAUUGAGCCGUAAAUAA